AUGGACGUCGUGAUCGCCGACAUGUGGGGGAACGAGAUCCUGGCGUGCUUUAUGGACUGCGAGGCCAACCCCUUCACGGGCAAGCCUUUUUUCAAUGAGGGCUAAGACCAUAGCUCAGCGGUGGACCCUCCCGUUGGUUCUGUACGUGAACUCAGCCAAGGGCUUAAAAUGGGGACCAGCUUUUCGGGAGGGCUUGGGAGGCCGAGUUUUAGGGGAGAGGCUAGGCUGAUUGAAUUUAGAGUAUCGCUAUCGAUCGCUGGGCACUGGAGGGUCACAAAACGAGACAGUGUGCGGACGUGACUCGUAUCGUGUUUCAUGGCGAUUAGAUCCACGAUGUCAGACAUGGACGGUGGGAAUUCUUCAGC